GUAAAAACAAAAUAUGUGGAAGAAGAAGAACUCACAGGAUUCUGAAGAAGAUACAAACAUUACGCAGCGGUUGGAGGAAGAUGAAACUGUUCGACGCGCACUGUCACCUUCAAGACCCCAGGAUUAUCAGCAAAGCUCCUCAGCUCAUCUCCUCAGCCGUAGCUUCCGGAGUCUCUGCCUUCGCCGUCAAUGGAGUCUGCGAGAAAGAUUGGAAUUUGGUCAAAGAGAUGGGAGCAAAAUACCCUUCUGUUGUCCCCUGCUUUGGAAUUCACCCAUGGUAUGUAGCAGAGAGGAGUCCUCAAUGGUUUGAGACAUUGAAGAGUUUGUUUGAGACCACUCCUUCUGCUGCUGUCGGAGAAAUUGGUUUGGACAAAGGGUCUAAGGGAAGGGAGAUUGAUUUCUCAGACCAGGUUGGAGUGUUUCGUCAACAGCUCGAACUUGCAAAGGAAUUGAAUAAACCUGCGUCAGUUCACUGUGUCCGUGCGUUCGGGGAUCUACUAGAGAUAACAAAAUCUGUGGGGCCUUUUCCUGCUGGCAUCAUCCUUCACUCGUAUUUGGGCUCUGCUGAGAUGGUUCCUGAAUUUGCUAAACUCGGUGCAUAUUUCUCCUUCUCUGGUUUCCUUAUGUCAAUGAGUGAGAAAAAAGCCAAGAAGAUGUUAAAAGCGGUUCCUUCUGAUAGGAUCUUAUUGGAAACUGAUUCACCCGAUGCUCUACCAAAGUCCGAGUCGGGUGAUCUCUACUUUGUAGAAGGAGAUCCUUCUCUACCUGAAGAAGGAAAUUCAUCUCAAGAUCUUGGUUCUGCUCCAAAUGACAAGUCUAAUGCUUCUAGCGACUCAAUGAAGCUGCCAAAGGAAACACUGAAUCAUCCGGCUAAUAUUCAUACCGUACUCGGGUAUGUAGCGCGGUUGUUGGACAUGAAGAAGGAAGAACUCGCAGAGCUAAGCUAUAGGAACGCUGUUCGGUUAUUCUCUUACGCUGGUUCAAAAGUUGCUUCUUGAGACAGAACGCAUGCAAUGAGUACUCUGUUUAGCCUAAGAUACAGACCAACUCACAAAUCUACAAUCCUUCUCUGAAAAUCGAAAAACUGCUAGAAAACAAAAUGUCAGAUUCAGAUAGGAUGAACAACAACGAGAACGGAAAUUUCAAAUCAGCAUCCGACUCUCCCGAUCUUUGUAUCUACGUAAAGGGCAAACCAUUUCAUUUUCACAAAGAACUUUUAGCCAAGAGAUCGGCGAAAGUGAGCUUAUUACUCGAGCGAAGCAAGAUCGAUGAGCUUCGUUGGAUCCUACUUGAUAUAGAAGCUGACCCGUAUGCUUUCGAGCACGUCCUUCAGUUCUGUUAUGGCUACAAAGUCAAGUUUUCGUCUGAUAACAUCGUCUCUGUUCUCUGCAUCGCGUAUUACUUGGAGAUGAACGAAGAACACAGCCCUGGAAAUUUGUUGGGCAAGGCAUCUGAGUUCUUAGAGAAGCAAGUUCUGCCGUGCUGGAACGAGACAGUAGUUGCUCUUCGUUCAGGGGACAAGAGCCUCGACAAGCUAGCCGAUGAAGGACUCGUGGAUCUCUUCUUCGAAUCUCUUAUCGAAAAGGCUUCCUACGACCCGAGAGUCCUCGGUGAACCGAUCAGGAACAGUGAGGAAACCAAUGAGUAUAGACCUAACCCUAGGAGACGGUUGUUCACUAUCGACUGGAAGUCGGAAGAUUUGUUCACAGUCCCACUUCGGCUAUACGAACCUUUGAUGAUCCGAGCAGUGAAAUCACGCAGCAUCCCCGUGGAAUACAUCGUUUCAUCGGUCUGCAGUUACGCGAAGAAAUGGGUCUUCGACGCAGAAGAAAGCAUUCUAGGGCAAAAUAGAGAAGCAGUCGAAGCGGUUGAGAGGCUUUUGCCUCAUCAGAGAGGGCUAGUGUCUUGCGAAUUCUUGUUUGAAUCGCUAAAACAUUCGAUCUGGUUAGAAGCUAGCUCCGAAUGUCGAAAUGGAUUCGAGAUCAGAAUCAGCAAACAGCUCGACAUGGCUAAACCUGCAGAUCUCAAGAUUCUGUCUCGAGGCUACGGAGAGAAACCUGAGAGUUUCGAAGAUAUCGAGCUCGUUAAAACCGUCGUCAAGAGCUUUUACGCUAACUACGCCAGCGAAGACCCCGAAGAUGUUUCCCAGUUCGUGAAAGUGGCGAAACUGUUGGAAGAGUUUCUCUUCUUGGCUGCUAGUGAGGCUUCUCUGAAGCUCGAGGCGUUUGUGGAGUUAGCGGAGACCACAGUGACUAUUUCGCAUGGUGUUUUGAUGUGUUCAGAUGGAAUUUACAGAGCCAUUGAUGUUUUCUUGGAGAGCCAUAGAUACCUGACUGAGUCUGAGAAGAUGGAAGCUUGUAAAGUUCUUGAUUGUAAGAAACUCUCCCAAGAAGGAUGCGAGCAAGCCGCGAAAAACCAGAGGCUUCCUCUUAGAGUCGUUGUUCAGGUUUUGUUUGUUUCUCAGCUUCAGAUACGAGAUACAGUGGCUAAGGAGAUUACGGGUGUAGAAGAGAAAGUAGACGAAGAAGAAGGGGAAGAGAUUGGGGUUUCGAGCGAUGAAGAUGUGAUGGAGAAGAUGAGUAAUAAGCUGUUAGGGCUUGAGAUUGAGAAUCAUGAAUGUGUUGUUCAUCGUUGGAAGAAGAAGAAGACAAGUGUGUGGAGAGAAGUGAAGAGGAAGUUUGGCUGCUUGACUUCUUCUUCGUCUCCUUCAGUUGAUGCUUGCACCUGUGAGGUCAAGAAGAAGAAGAGGAAGAAGAUUCAUCAUCACUACAACAAAUAAUUAAUUUAAUAAAACUAAAUCACUCUGUUUUUUUUUUUUUUUUUAUUACAGCUGGUCCAGGGCCUGUUCUUGUUCUGUUUCUCCAUCCUGACAUUGGGUGAAAAAUUUGCAGGUUCUGUUUUUGUCUUUCCUUUUUGGUUACUGAUUAUUUUUGUUUAUUUCAUCAAAAACCAUUACAAUAACAAAAUUAAAGCUACAAUAAGAACAAAUUCUUAUAUGGGUUACACAUUGUAUUUAGUUCUUACUUAAAAGAAGAACAUUCCUCGUCUCACACGUCAACGAGAAUAAGCUCUCUCAAAAGCCUCUCUUUCCUCAGUUCAAAUUCUGGUUUACAACCCCAAAAACCGAUCAGUUCCUGAUCCGCGCGCUAAAAAACCGAUCAUUGAGUAUCAUCGAAUCAUUUGUUACCGACGGAUAAUCUCAACGGAGUUCUAUCGCAAUCGCCAUCAACGCUGCUCUCGUCAUCAUCGCUUCUUGAAUUCAACCUAACAUUUUCUUGCUUGUCAUGGUCGUCGUCCAUUCGCGUAUGGUUUUGCAUCAGAUUAUGGGAACUCCCCUCGUUACGAUCUUCCUCUUCUUCUUUCGCUCCUUCUUGAUCCCCAAGAACCACCACAUUCCCGAACUGCACGUGCUUCUCACCAUCCCUCGGCGAGACCGCAGCGACGGAAUCUGAAGCUGACGUGGCGUUUUCAGGGGUGUUGGUUUUCUCCUCGCCUUUCUCCGGAUCGAAAUUGGCAACGCUCUUGCCCACAGAGACCGUGCAAGGCUUGAGGACGCAAGAGUAAAGGUAAGCCAAGAACCAGAAGAGCCAAGGGACACCGACGAAGAACAUACCCGCUUGUAGAAACAGAGGAUUCGGAUCAGGGAGGAGGAGGUAAAGUCCGAGAAGGACUCCUCCUGAGACGAUACAUGAAAGAAACAGAAGAGUGACGAUGUAUAUUCUUGGAUCACCUUUUCUCUGAUCCAUUCGAUUUCACAACCACUGAAUCUGAAACACGAUGCAGAAGACCAGAGAUAUCGUGUUUUUUUUUUUUGUAUGUCUUCUCUGAAUCAGACUUUGAAUUUUCUCUGUUUUUUUGUUUGUUUUUUUGUUUUCCUUUCUCGGGACAAUUGUGUGAACGAAAAAGUGGGUGUAACAGAAAACUGAAAAGAGCGCUAAGUGCGGGCUUAGUUUUUAUUUAUUUAUAUAUUUGCCUUUUUUGCUAAAUUACUGUGAAGAAUUUUAUUAUAUAGUAGUGU